AUUGUAAAAACAUAUGUUUACGCGAAAUGACACUUCACUGCAGUUCACAACUCUGUCAUUCAAGUGACACAUAUUUGUUGUCUUUUUAAUUGGAUUUUGUAUUUAUAAUUGAAAUAUGGUUUCAAUGAUUGUGUCAUUCAAUUCAAUGUUAGCAUAACUUUUCAAUUUGUUGUCCACGUGUUGUCUCGAUGUCUGAUACCGAUGACAAUAAUCCUGAUCAGUUACUGUCUUCGUCGGCGGCCAACGAUUGGCACUCAAAGAGACCAUUACUGAUGGAGUACGAGAGCAACGCCCGUAUGGAUGGCUUCGGUAUCGGAAAUGUGGCCAACUUUAUGGGCGGUUUCAUACUAUCGCAAGUGUUGGGUCUCUUUGUCAUUGUUUUGGUCAGCGUUUGGAUCUCUAAAUACUUGGGAGGCAUUGGAUUCGCUACCAAUAGUCAAUUGUUUAAUUUUCAUCCACUUUUAAUGACUCUGGGAAUGGUCUUCCUCUUCGGCGACGCGAUUUUAGUGUAUCGGGUGUUACGUAAUGAACGCAAAAAGAUACUGAAGAUAUUACACGCGGUGUUGAACGGAUCAGCUCUAGUGUUAGCUCUAUUGGGCUCGUGGGCCGUCUAUCGAUUCCACUACAACAUGAAUAUACCGAACCUAUACUCUCUGCACAGUUGGAUCGGUGGCCUGACCAUGGUACUAUUCACCGGCCAGUUCGCCAUUGGCUUCGUAUCAUUCCUAAUCCCAGGUCUGGCGCCCACUUACCGCCGAUUAAUACUUCCCUAUCACGUGUACAUUGGACUCACACUGUUUGUGAUGGUCGGCGCCACCGCUCUCUUGGGUAUCACCGAAAAGGCCAUCUUCUCUCUGAGUGGAAAGGAUGGCGCACCCAAUUACUCGGACCUGACCGGAGCCACGUUUGUGAUCAAUAUGUUGGGCAUAAGUGUGCUGUUGUUUGUGGCGGUGAUUGUCUAUCUGGUGACCAACAAUCAGUUUAAGCGCCGACCACUUCCUGAAGAACAAGCGCUUCAGUUGCAGAACGAGGAGACGUCGUCUUUGAAUUGAUUUUGACAUUCAUUUCGCACUACUUUUACUUGAGUUUAAUUCAUAAAUAUGUUGUUGUGAUUUCUG